UUACCCAGCUCUAUUGAACAGAGAAGAAAACAAAAAAAUUCUUUUGAAGAACAAUGUAACCGCAUAGAAAUUGUUGAUAAGAAGAAGAACACUUGAAUAUACUCUUCUGUGGCGGUUAAACUCGUGAUAGGAUAAACAGAAGCGGCCAAAGCCCAGUGAUCCCUGGGCGGAAAACCAGGACAACUAAAACAAGAAAAAAAAGUAAAUUAGAAGUAAACAAAUUACCACUAGUCAAAAUGACACGUAAUGCUGGCAUUGCGACGCCAAAAUCCACGGCAUCCGCACAACCGGCACCGGCUGCUGCAGCCGCUGCUGCUGCGUAUGCUGCCAAGCAGAAACGCAGCUCUUCCAGUACAGCUGCUCGAUCUCGUUUUAAUCCCUUCUCCUUCACCUCUUCCUCGUCCAAACUGAUGUUGGACAAAUGGAAGACUCUAAUUGGAUGCAUUUGUUUGGCCAUAGCCACAUAUUGCGGCUACUUGGGCUAUUUGGAGACACGAGUUAAUACACCAUUUGAUAAUCAAAAAAUGGUCAUACGCACAGGAUUGCAGGAAGCCAAACGCUAUUGGGGCUCAUAUAGGCCGAAUACGUACUUUGGUAUGAAAACCCGUGAUCCACAUUCCUUGGUGAUGGGCUUGAUGUGGUAUACGCCCAGCAAUCUCGGCCAUGGCGGCCAAGGGAUACGGCAUUGGUGCGAGCAGGGAGAUCAGCUGGAUGGUUAUGGCUGGACCCAUCAUGAUGGACAAGGCUUUGGUGUCCAGGUUAUCCAGGACUUACCCUUUGAGAUAAAGACAUCGUUUGUCAAAUAUGGCAGCGAUGAUACCGAUGAUGGUGUGGACGGAGGAGGAGACGAGGGUGGCUAUGGUGGCGAUUGGACAGCUCGCAUAUCGGUCAGGAACACAACGAAGGCUUGGGACAAGAGUAUAUCUUUGAUUUGGUAUGUGGCAUUGGAUGAGCGCACAAAUGGUCACAUCAAAUACGUAUCGGACGAGAAGAAUCCGGAGGCAGGGGUCUAUGGCGAAACACAGGGAUUGGGUGAAUUUCAGGUCCGCUUUCAAGCUGUCAAGGGACGUAUUCUUCAUAAAUCCUAUUUGAGCACCGUGGCCCCAUCUUUGGCUCGCCUCAAAGACACAUUGGUUAGUCAUUUUCGUGCCUUUGCUGAUAAGCGGGGUCAACGAUUCAUUGGAUUGCCCGGCGAAAUUGUUAGUCAAAACGGUUUGCCCUCUACGAAUCCAGAGCCCAAUUUCAUAGCCAUACAAAUCACGGCAGAAGUGGACUUUACCCUAGAUAUAACAUACCAAUCGACAUCGGGCUAUUCAUUGGGACGGUCAGCACUGCAUAAGCCAAUUACCGGACGCCCCUAUAGUGAUCUUCUACAAAAGAAAGUCAAGCAAUUCGAGCAACGUUUCGAUGACACAUUCGAAUUGCCCAGCAAAGGUUACUCGCAGGCUGAAGUCCACAUGGCACGCAAUGCUUUGGCCAAUAUGUUGGGUGGCAUUGGCUACUUCUAUGGCUCUAGUCGUGUCCAAUCGCAGCAUACUCAGAAACCAGUUCCCUAUUGGAAGGCACCGCUCUAUACGGCAGUGCCAUCGCGUAGCUUCUUUCCCCGUGGUUUUCUUUGGGAUGAAGGAUUUCAUGGUCUGUUGAUAAGUGCAUGGGAUUUGGAUAUCGAACUGGAUAUCAUAUGCCAUUGGUUUGAUCUAUUGAAUGUCGAGGGUUGGAUACCCAGGGAGCAGAUAUUGGGCGUUGAGGCAUUGGCCAAAGUGCCCGAGGAGUUUGUCAUCCAGCGAAAUAGCAAUGCCAAUCCGCCAACAUUCUUUUUAACCCUCAAGAAACUGUUGACCCGUCACCGUGUCGAGUUCAAGAAAGGCAAGGGCAGACUGGAGACAUUGGAACGCUUGUAUCCCAGAUUACAGACCUGGUUCAAUUGGUUUAAUACCACACAAAAGGGUGAUCUCAUGGGAAGCUAUUAUUGGCGUGGUCGUAAUGCCACAACUUUACGUGAACUGAAUCCGAAGUCGCUGUCUUCUGGCCUUGAUGACUUUCCGCGAGCCUCGCAUCCUACCGAUUUGGAGCGUCAUCUCGAUCUACGCUGUUGGCUGGCUAUGGCGGCCUCAGUGAUGGCCGAAUUGUCCUCCAUAUUGGGCAAAGAUGAUGUUAAAUACUAUGAGACAGCUUCCUAUUUGAUGGAUAAUCAGCUGCUCAAUCAAUACCAUUUAGAUCCAUAUACAAAACGUUAUGCAGAUUGGGGUCUACAUACAGAUAAAGUCGUUCUUAAACAUCCGCCCAUGCAGCAGCAUCAGAAACAACAUCAUCAUCAGCAGCAGUAUUAUCAGCAACAACAGCCCGAAAUGGUUCGUCUCACCUUAGAGGAGCCAUCGUAUAAAUUUGUCUCCUCCAACUUUGGAUAUGUGAAUCUAUUCCCAUUGUUGCUAGAGCAACUCGAUCAUGAUUCACCCUAUUUAGCUCAAAUAAUGAAUGAACUGCGGGAUCCACAAAUUUUAUGGACACCCUAUGGUUUGCGUUCCUUAUCCAAAGAUGCGCCACUCUAUCUGAAACGGAACACUGAACAUGAUCCACCAUAUUGGCGUGGACCCAUUUGGAUAAAUAUUAAUUAUUUGGCAUGCAAGGCAUUGCAUCAUUAUGGCAAAAUUGAAGGUCCCAAUGCCGCCCAGGCGAGACAGAUCUAUUCGGAGCUUAGAGAGAAUCUAGUUAAGAAUAUCUUCCGGGAAUAUCAGAGAACUGGUUAUCUCUGGGAGCAAUAUGACGAUGUGACCGGCCAGGGUAAGGGCUGUAAUCCAUUUACUGGCUGGACCGGACUUGUGGUCCUACUUAUGUCCGAGAAGUUUUAAAUAACAAAAUGUUGUACAAAACUGCAAUCCGUAAAAAGAAAAAAAUGCUUAAUUUCCUUAGAGUUAAAUAGACGAAUUUUAAAAAUAAAAACAAAAACUUUCAAAUAAA